AUGGAUAUUUUUUUCAGGCUAAACAGCACUGAUGCAUUAUUUAAAGUUUCUUCAACAUCCAACAUAGUAAUCUGUUUGCUUUCUCAAUCUGUUUCCUUUCUAAAUCUGUUUCCUUUCUCAAACUCUUUCCUCUCUCACUCCGUUUCCUUACUCAAUCUGUUUCCAUUCGCAAUCUGCUACCUUUCACAAUAUUCUUUCUUUCUCAAUCUGUUACCUUUCCCAAUCUGUUUUCUUUCUCAAACUGUUUCCUCUCUCACACCGUUUACUUUCCCAAUCUGUUUCCUUCCUCAAACUGUUUCCUUUCCCAAUCUGUUUCCUCUCUCACUCCGUUUCCUUACUCAAUCUGUUUCCUUUCUCAAUCUGUUUCCUUUCUCAAACUGUUUGCUUUCCCAAUCUGUCCCCUUUCCCAAUCUGUGUCCUUUCCCAAUAUUCUUCCAUUCUCAAUCUGUUUCCUUUCCAAAUCUGUUUCCUUUCUCAAACUGUUUCCUCUCUCACACCGUUUCUUUACUCAGACUGUUUCCUUUCCCAAUCUGUGUCCUUUCCCAAUAUAUUUCUUUUCUCAAUCUGUUUCCUUUCUCAAACUGUUUCCUUUCUCAAACUGUCUCCUCUCUCACACCGUUUACUUACUCAAUCUGUUUGCUUUCCCAAUCUGUUUCCUUUCCCAAUCUGUGUCCUUUCCCAAUAUCCUUCCUUUCCCAAUCUGUGUCCUUUCCCAAUAUUCUUCCUUUCUCAAUCUGUUUCCUUUCCAAAUCUGUUUCCUUUCUCAAACUGUUGCCUCUCUCACUCCGUUUCCUUUCUCAAUCUGUUUCUUUCCCAAUCUGUUUCCUUUCCAAAUCUGUUUCCUUUCUCAAACUGUUUCCUCUCUCACACCGUUUACUUUCCCAAUCUGUUUCCUUCCUCAAACUGUUUCCUCUCUCACACCGUUUACUUUCCCAAUCUGUUUCCUUCCUCAAACUGUUUCCUUUCCCAAUCUGUUUCCUCUCUCACUCCGUUUCCUUACUCAAUCUGUUUCCUUUCUCAAUCUGUUUCCUUUCUCAAACUGUUUGCUUUCCCAAUCUGUCCCCUUUCACAAUCUGUGUCCUUUCCCAAUAUUCUUCCAUUCUCAAUCGGUUUCCUUUCCAAAUCUGUUUCCUUUCUCAAACUGUUUCCUCUCUCAAACUGUUUCCUUUCUCAAACUGUCUCCUCUCUCACACCGUUUAUUUACUCAAUCUGUUUGCUUUCCCAAUCUGUUUCCUUUCCCAAUCUGUGUCCUUUCCCAAUAUCCUUCCUUUCCCAAUCUGUGUCCUUUCCCAAUAUUCUUCCUUUCUCAAUCAGUUUCCUUUCCAAAUCUGUUUCCUUUCUCAAACUGUUCCCUCUCUCACUCCGUUUCCUUUCUCAAUCUGUUUCCUUUCCCAAUCUGCUUCCUUUCUCAAUCUGGUUGCUUUCUCAACCUGUUUCCUUUCUCGAUCUGUUUCCUUUCCUAAUCUGUUUCCUUUCUCGAUCUGUUUCUUUUAUCAAACUGUUUGCUUUCCCAAUCUGUCCCCUUUCCCAAUCUGUGUCCUUUCCCAAUAUUCUUCCAUUCUCAAUCUGUUUCCUUUCCAAAUCUGUUUCCUUUCUCAAACUGUUUCCUCUCUCACACCGUUUCUUUACUCAAUCUGUUUCCUUUCCCAAUCUGUGUCCUUUCCUAAUAUAUUUCUUUUCUCAAUCUGUUUCCUUUCACAAUCUGUUUCCUUUCUCAAACUGUUUCCUUUCUCAAACUGUUUCCUUUCUCAAACUGUCUCCUCUCUCACACCGUUUACUUACUCAAUCUGUUUGCUUUCCCAAUCUGUUUCCUUUCCCAAUCUGUGUCCUUUCCCAAUACCCUUCCUUUCCCAAUCUGUGUCCUUUCCCAAUAUUCUUCCUUUCUCAAUCUGUUUCCUUUCCAAAUCUGUUUCCUUUCUCAAACUGUUCCCUCUCUCACUCCGUUUCCUUUCUCAAUCUGUUUCCUUUCCCAAUCUGCUUCCUUUCUCAAUCUGUUUGCUUUCUCAACCUGUUUCCUUUCUCGAUCUCCACGUCGAGGAAGAAUAUCCGAAAAGUAAUGUACUCGUCGUUAUAAGAUAA